GUCUAUAAAUAGUGAAUGAUCCCACCACAGGUUUUAGCACCAACACAUUUUCCAUCACCAAUCAAUCCAUCUGAGUCUCACAUUCUCUCAACUCCGAAACUCACUCUUGUUAUUCUUAAAAUGAAGGUCCCACAUAUGACAUUAUUGAUGUGGGUGAUGCUUGCUCUGUUUUCUGCAGAAACACAGGUUUCAAUGGCAGUGACCUGUAAUGCUCUUCAGCUCAGUGCAUGUGCGAGUGCUAUCACCUCCUCCACACCUCCCACGUCACUUUGCUGCACCAAACUCAAAGAACAAAGACCUUGUCUUUGUGGCUACUUGAAGGAUCCUAACCUUCAGAAACUUGUCAACUCUCCUAAUGCCAGAAAAGUUGCUGAUGCUUGUGCCUCACCAUUUCCCACUUGUUGAAACCUUUUUCUUCGUCUUCUUUUUCACAGUAGCCAUUUAGAUGGUCAAGAAUAUGGUUUUAUACAGUUUUUGGGUUCUGUUUGGAUUGAUAUCUGGCAGGCUGUGUUGUGUUUUGUGGUGUUAUGAGUAUGGUCUAGUAUUCAUGUACUUGAAAUGUUUGUUCAAGUGUCAAGUAGAUCAGUUCUUCAUCUGUCUAUCUUACAGUGAUCCUUUGCCGCUUCUAUUUAUUUUGAGUUAAAGGAGCUCUGGUCAUUCGUUA